AACGAUUAUAGACCAUGUCACGAAUGUGUUAGCUAGUGGUUUAGAUUCAUCUGGAGUGUUUAUAAUUCAAAUUAAGACAGAAAUUGUCGAGUUUUGGGCCAAAGAACUGCGUACCGCUGGACUGAAGACGGUGGCAGUCGCUAUACAGACAUAAACAAACCUGUAAACACCUUGAAAGAUCGAAUUAGUGUUUAGAACAUAUGAUGUGCGGAGUCGCUGAAGAACAGUCAGCUCUUCCAAGCUCUUAGUAACAUCUUAAGCCUGAAGUGUUUGCUUUGGCCCUCAUAAAGACGACAGCAGAGAGUUUCACAGCAGCCGGAUUGCUUUAGACUCACUGUCACACAUACACAUCCUGAUAUCGUUUAGGGAAGGAGGUUCUGCAGCAUUAUCAUGACGUGUCGGGACCGCACACUUGAGUUCCAGUCGGCUUGUAAGUCACUGCAGGGGAGACAGUUACAGAAUGGGACUCACACUAAACCUGCCAUUAAUGCCCUUAAACAGCGCAGUGACUUCACUCUUAUGGCCAAGAGAAUUGGGAAAGACUUGAGCAACACAUUUGCCAAGCUUGAAAAGCUUACAAUUUUGGCCAAGAGGAAGUCUUUGUUCGAUGAUAAAGCAGUGGAGAUUGAGGAGCUAACGUACAUCAUUAAACAGGACAUCAACAGUCUGAACAAGCAGAUAGCGCAGCUGCAAGACCUUGUACGAUCCCGCAGUGGGCAAAAUGGCCGCCACAUCCAGACACAUUCCAACACAAUUGUUGUCUCCCUGCAGUCCAAGCUGGCAUCAAUGUCAAACGAUUUCAAGUCAGUCCUGGAAGUGAGAACAGAAAAUCUGAAGCAGCAGCGCAGCAGAAGAGAGCAUUUCUCCCAAGCCCCUGUCUCGGCCUCUCCUCUGCUCGCCAAUAACUUCAACAGCUCAGUUCUGAUGCAGGAUGAGUCCAGGAGUUUGGGAGGAGAGGUGGCUAUCGACAUGGACUCUAGAGCAAACCCUCUGCAGCUGCAGCUCAUCGAUGAACAGGACUCGUAUAUCCAGAGCCGAGCGGACACCAUGCAGAACAUCGAGAGCACCAUUGUGGAGUUGGGUUCCAUCUUUCAGCAGCUGGCGCACAUGGUCAAAGAGCAGGAAGAGACGAUUCAGAGGAUCGACGCCAAUGUGGAGGACACCCAGCUGAAUGUGGAAAUGGCCCACACUGAGAUACUGAAGUACUUCCAAUCCGUCUCCUCCAAUCGCUGGCUCAUGAUCAAGAUAUUCCUCGUUCUCAUCAUCUUCUUCAUCAUCUUUGUGGUCUUCCUUGCCUGAGAAUGAACGAACCUGAGUGUAAGGAGGGAUGAAAACGGAGCCAACGGUUUUGAAGGAGGGAGGAACAGGCUAUGGACUUAUGGGCGAAUGUGCAAAAACACAAGUGGACUGUGCCGCAGGGGACUCUGGCUCCCAGGGGAGGGUUUGGGGGGGUUCUGAUGCUCAGUGGUGGGAUGAUUUUUGUCAGAGUAACUUGAGUCAGAUGUUAAUUGUCACUGUCGACUUCCACUCCCUUACACUAGAGGGAGAUGAAGAUGAUGGUGAUGGUGAUGCUGAUGAAGGUGGAACUGAGAUUUACUGUGUAUUUAAAAAGAGAGGAGGGUGUUCGGAUUCACUCUGUUCUCUUUAAGCUUCAUUUACAUCUGCAUUAAUAUUUCAGCCUUCGUUUCUUAUUAAUAAUCACAUAUAAAAGUGAAGGCUUUUUCCCAAGUGGUUUGAUUCUCCAAACUGGUUUAGUUGGUUUUUCUCAGUGUUAUCCGUAAUCAGCGAUAACAUUUUUUUUACAGUAAAUUAAAUGUGACCUGAUUCUCCUCAUAAAACACGCCUGAUAAUAAUAAUUCCCCUGUUAAUCUUUAUUAAUGUGUUUUUAUAUCAAAGACUUAUGGGUGAAUCUCACAAAGAAAUAUCAGUCAUAUUUUACCCCCAAAAAAUUGAUAGGAAAAAUUAUUUAUAAUUAAUUGUAUUUUUAUAAUUAAUUAUAUUGUAAUACAAAAGUGAUGUGUAUUUUAGGACCGUUAUGACAUUUUUUCAUGACAACUUAAGUUCUCAUAUGUAAUGUGAAAAAAAAAAAACGUGCUGUAUAAUAAAGAUGAUUAUUAUAUCUAGCAUUAAUAAUAGUAUAAAUUAAAUUCAGUACAACAAAUGCUACCUUAUGUAUGUACCAAUGUACAAAUACAUUUAUAAAUUUGAGAUUUUUCUUUCACAUUACAUUCAUGGGAAUUUAGUGGGAAAUAUGCGUAGUUAUCAUUGAAAUAAUGCCACAAUGCAAAUAAAUAAAUAAAAAGAAAUUUAUUUAUUUAUAAAUGGUCCUAAAAAAAUAGAUAUUUUCUUUUGUGGGAGGUGAAAUAUGUCUGACAUUUUCUGACCAUUUUCAUGAGAUUCUCCUUUCUAGUGUUAAGGCCUUCUGAUUGCAGGCCCUUUGAAUAUGGGCUCUGUAAUGUUAUAUACUGUUUAGAGACUUUCAGUUUCUUUCUUUUUUUUUCUUUCUUUUUGAGUUUGAUUCUGCCAAAUACACAAGGAGGAGUUAGAGGAAGUUGCCUGGUCUUAUGAUUUUGCUUCGUGCAGUAAUAAACAAGGUGCGAAUGAAGACCGGUGUUUUAUACAGUACUAUAGAAUUUAAAAGACCACACUGCGGUUUAAAGGGCCCAAAGAGACUCCAAACAGGUCUAAAGCUAUAAACUGCAUUACAUCAGGACAUGUUUCAUUCCAGGCCAGUGCAGAGGAAGUUGCAUGAUUUGGUUGUUCUAGAGCUGAACGUCUGGUGAUGAAACCGAUCGGUACUCUGAGAACUGAACGCUGGAUGUGUUUCCUUCAUUUGUGAGGAGUAACUAUGGCCUGAUGAACAUAUUGGCCACCUGCACAAAGAACUGAAGAUCAGCUCCUUCAUGCUGUGAAGCUGUAAAUAAUGGAGCUGGCAGAGAUGAUGUCUUCUUCACUUAGAAGCAGCGUUUUCAAGGUCAAACGCUCUUAAUUUGGUAAAUCACAGACUUUCUCUCUCCCACACAUGCCAUACUAUCUCAAAUCAAACUCAUGAACGAUGUACAGUGUAUUAUUUAAUGAGCACUUUUUAUGAAGACUCCUGUUUCCAGGCUUUUUUUAGCUGAAUGGUCUGCAUCUCUUGUAUAAACUGAACACUGUUGUAAUGUAAGGACAGUACAUAUUAAAAUACAUCUGAGAAACUGA